CAUUUUGAUAUGAAGUACCAAAAUGUAUCAAGACUAUGCCACACAAAGAGCAUGGUGACAGUGAAUGGUCAGUUUCCUGGUCCACGCAUUGUAGCUAGGGAGGGUGAUCGUCUUCUUAUCAAAGUGGUUAACAAUGUUCAGAACAACAUCUCCAUACAUUGGCACGGCAUUCGACAACUUCAAUCAGGGUGGGCUGAUGGACCAGCAUAUGUGACUCAGUGCCCCAUUCAAACAGGCCAAAGUUAUGUAUACAAUUACACCAUUGUAGGGCAAAGAGGCACUCUCUUUUGGCAUGCUCACAUUUCAUGGUUAAGAUCAACUCUCUACGGUCCUCUCAUCAUUCUUCCCAAGCAUGGAGUUCCAUAUCCUUUUACCAAACCUUACAAGGAAGUUCCCAUCAUCUUUGGAGAAUGGUGGAAUGCGGAUCCUGAGGCAGUCAUAACACAAGCCCUGCAAACUGGUGGAGGCCCAAAUGUCUCUGAUGCCUACACUAUUAAUGGACUUCCAGGGCCAUUGUAUAACUGCUCUGCUAAAGGGCAGGGCACUUUUGACAACUCAACUGUUGCUGGAAUAUUGGAAUAUGAAGUGGCACCACAGUCUCUUCACUCAAUAAAUUCAAUGAAGAAGCUUUCACUCUUCAAGCCCAUCCUCCCUGCCCUUAAUGACACUUCUUUUGCAACAAAUUUCAGCAACAAACUCCGGAGCCUAGCAAGUGUUCAAUUUCCAGCUAACGUGCCCCAGAAAGUUGAUAAGCACUUUUUCUUCACAAUAGGACUUGGAACAAGUCCCUGCCAGCAAAAUCAAACAUGCCAGGGACCUAAUGGAACAAAGUUUGCAGCAUCGGUGAACAAUGUUUCUUUCACAGUCCCAACAACCGCUCUUCUUCAAGCCCACUUCUUUGGUCAAUCCAAAGGAGUUUACACUCCUAGCUUUCCCGCUAGUCCAUUGAUCCCAUUCAACUAUACAGGCACUCCUCCAAACAACACCAUGGUGGGCAAUGGGACAAAGGUUGUGGUUCUUCCCUUCAACACAAGCGUAGAACUUGUGAUGCAAGACACUAGCAUUCUUGGAGCAGAAAGUCACCCUCUCCAUUUGCACGGCUUUAACUUCUUUGUUGUUGGACAAGGUUUUGGUAACUUCGAUCCAAAUAAGGACCCUUCAAACUUCAAUCUUGUUGAUCCCAUUGAGAGAAACACAGUUGGUGUCCCAUCUGGUGGAUGGGUUGCUAUUCGUUUCUUGGCUGAUAACCCAGGAGCAUGGUUCAUGCAUUGUCAUCUUGAAGUCCACACUAGCUGGGGUCUAAAGAUGGCAUGGAUUGUGUUGGAUGGAAUGCUUCCACAUCAGAAACUGCUUCCACCACCAGCUGAUCUUCCACAGUGUUAA